AUGGGAGCUCCCAGUGACGAGGUUUCCAUCUUCUCAGGGCUCUUUGUGUUUGUGUUAUUGAUCAUCUCUUCCCUCUGCCAGGAGGAAUACUCUGGAUACCACUCAGGUGAGAAGCGUGGUUAUGAAGAGUCGUCUGCAGUCGACCACUACAACAACAUACACUCUCGUCAACCUGAGUAUCAGCCUGAGCCAACUCAGAAUUAUGAUGAAAACCUGGGACUGGGGGAGGAGGACUAUGACUCCACCAGAGUAACAAUGAUCACUGGGGACGUCUUCCCAUUUGAGACCAUCACGGAGUCCCACUACGCCAAGGAAGACACUGAAAGCAUGCAGGUGCCGUUUAAGUUCCCAGCAGGACCAGACACCGAAUCCUCAGAGGAGUCUGGCGGUGACGCGGCGCUUGGAGAAGAAGGACCAACAGAGUGCGACUGUGAACCUGGAGAGCCUGGUUUUGCUGGUUUUGCAGGACCAAAGGGAUCAAGAGGUCUGCAAGGUCAAACUGGUCUGCCAGGGAUUCAAGGCAGAGAGGGUUAUAAAGGAUCCAAAGGAGUUCAGGGAAGAAGAGGAGACACUGGACCAGUGGGAGAUGUUGGACCUGAAGGAGAAGAAGGAGCUUCUGGUUUCUCUGGAGGGAUGGGAGAUCCUGGACUUCAAGGGGGCCUGGGCGAGCAUGGAGAACUUGGUCUAAAGGGUGACGUCGGUAUGGAGGGCCCUCGCGGAGGAGUCGGAGCUCCUGGUGAGACUGGGCCUCGUGGUGACACGGGUUCCCCAGGAUCAAAUGGGGGUAAAGGUAUCAAGGGGUCUCAUGGGGAUCAAGGCAAGCAGGGUCUUCAAGGAAAAGAUGGACCAAAGGGUCAGACAGGAGCACCGGGGUUUCCAGGAGACUUGGGCGAAAGAGGCUACUCUGGCCGUCCGGGACAACCAGGACCGGUCGGAUCGAGUGGACCAAAGGGCACCAAAGGUCGAGGAGGCCUUCCAGGCAGCGAUGGUGAACCUGGAGAGGAUGGUCCAGUAGGAGUUCCGGGGCUGAUAGGAGAGCCUGGAUCAUUUGGAGUUAAGGGCAGUAAAGGUGAUCGAGGUGUCAGGGGCCCUCGAGGUAGAGUGGGCAGAGUGGGAGGUCAAGGAGCUCCUGGAGAUGCUGGCGUGCAUGGAAAACCAGGACCAAAGGGCCUCCAGGGCCCAGUAGGGGCUAAAGGUGAAACGGGUCCAGAUGGUGAAAAGGGUGCAGUUGGGAGGAAAGGUGUUAAAGGAGAGAGAGGACAAAAGGGAGGCAAGGCUGGUCCAGGAGACAAAGGACAGAGAGGCCCAAAAGGCGCAGCGGGUCGAACCAGCACCGCAGGCCCUCCAGGACCACCUGGCAUCCCAGGGUCCAGAGGAGACCGAGGUCCAAUCGGUGACCCAGGUGGUAAAGGUGGAGCGGGACCCAAAGGAGCCCCAGGUCCAUCUGGUCCAGGUCUGACAGACGAGCAGGUCCUGCAGCUCUGUAAAGAUGUGGUCAGGGCCCAGCUCUCCCAGUACGCCCCUUCAAUCCAAGCCAAGUGCGCCCAAGGCUGUCCCAUCAACGACCGGACUCUAAUCGGACCUCCAGGAGUCCAAGGACCCGCAGGACCACCUGGCAAAACUGGUAAAGCAGGAAAAGCUGGAGAAAAGGGCUCCAGAGGUGUUCAAGGUGACAGAGGGACUGAAGGACAGAAAGGAGCAGAGGGUCAAAGAGGUCAAAAGGGACCUAAAGGCGUCACAGGGGAUCCAGGCAAAGGCCCGCCAGGACUCGAUGGACCACAGGGACUCCGAGGUUUCCCAGGUCACCCAGCAGAACCUAAAAAUGGGAUUGAGGGUUCUCGUGGGCCUCGGGGCUUCCCUGGUCUGGUGGGUCCGCCUGGUACUGUCGGGAACUCGGGAGUGCCGGGGUUUUGCGAGGCGCGGGACUGCAGUAUUCAUGCACCAGUGUUGCGCAAAGAGCAAGGUCUGGUGAAAGGACCUUCAAGUAUCUGGACCUGAACACAAGCACCAAGCACCUCCAUGGGGGAAUACAUUUUCUGCAGACGUCAUGGUUUAUCCCAGUCUUAACGUGCACAGUAACUCCUUUUAAAUGAGAAAAAUACUGUUUGUGCAUUUCAGACAAUAGUUUAU